AUGAAUUCUAAAAUAACUCUAAAAAUCAAAGAUCCAAUUGUUAGAGCUAACUAUUUGCUAAAGAGAAGCAGAGAAAUUCUAUUUUUGAGCUUGCUUGUAUUUCUGAUUAGAAUAGUCAUGUUUGCUGGUGUAAUUAUUGCAUCUUUUAUCAAGCAAAGACCCUCUACUCCUAAUGUAUUUAUUAUCGCUUCAGCAGGGUUACUAUGGCAUAUAAUUCUGAUGAUUCUCACUUACAGAUUUCCUAGAAUUUUCACACUUAUUCACGCACCGCUGCUUGCGAUUAGUUACUUUUUCACUUGCCUCACUCAAUUUUACAGCCCCAACUCUUAUGUGGCAGUCAUUCAGAGUACUAUUGGCUUGGAGUUUUUUCUCAUUAGUGGGUUAGUACUAAGCUUCUGCUGGUAUAUAACAAGUAUUGCACUUCUGUUAAAUUUGAUUUUCGGUCUAGUUAUUUUAGUUGUAAAGUAUGACAUUGAUGAUGUAGGAACUAUAGGGUAAUAUCUGAUGACUACCUUUUUUAUAAUCUAUGCUUGCUACGAAAAUAACUAGGUAGUUUAAGGAAAUAAAGAACUGAAUAAACUACUUUCAAUAAAAGAUGAUUAAGAUAACUCUGUCAUUACCUAGAGAUUAACAGAGCAAAUCUUUUAGCCUUAUAACAAUUACAUCGAAGGACUGGGUGAUAGUGAACAAGAUUCUGGUUUAUAGAUUAAUUCAAUAAGACUAAAUAUUCAUGAGGCGCUACAAAGAAAUGAUCCUAAUGAAUUUUUCCAAAUUAAGACUAAGUACAACUUUGAAGAUGGCAGAAGUCAUUCCUCACAGGAGCAACCAUAGUACUCAGAAAUCUUCACUCUUAAGUAGCAAGAACUUUAAUUUUAAAGCAAGCCAUUUAUGCUAAUUCUUUUCAAUAGAAUCACAUCCUUCAUCAAAUAUGAAAAAUUGAAAAUGGAAAAUAAUUUCUACGAAAUGAUUACUGCCACUGUAUCUCAUGAUAUGAGAACACCAAUAAAUGCAAUAAUGGGUAUCAUAGAAAGCCUUGAUCCUUUUAUCAGUAAAUAAGAAGGUAAAAAGUUAUUGCAAAUUGUUGAUAAUUCUUCAAAAAUAUUACUCUUUCUGGUGAACGACAUCUUAGACUUUUUUUAGAUAAAAAAUGGAAAGUUUAAAAUAAACUAUGACAAAGUUAAAAUAAGAAAGCCAAUAUAGGAGCUAAUUGAUAUGUUUUAGUUGGUAUCUCAUGAGAAAAAAGUUGAAAUAUUAUGUGAAUUUGACGAAAAUGUCCCUGAAUAAUUAUUAGUUGACGAAUAAAGACUUAGAUAAAUUCUGAUAAAUCUAAUAAGUAAUUCGCUAAAAUUUACUUUAUAAGGUUCAAUAAAGAUACUCUCAAAAUAUGAAUAAAGUCAAAAAACACUUUUUGUUACAGUAAAAGAUACAGGCAUUGGGGUAAACGAUGAAGAUGAAAUUAAAUUGUUUAAGUUAUUUGGAAAACUUGAGUCAUCUUAGGCUCUUAACACUAAGGGAAUAGGACUCGGGCUUAACAUAUGCUCAAAGAUUGUGGAGGCCUGUGGAGGAGAAAUACAUCUGGAUCAUGAAUACAAAGAAGGGGCUUCGUUUUAAUUCAGCAUUUUGGCUUAUGAGAAUGAAAAUGAUUUACCGAAAAAUUAGUCUCGGAAGAAAGAAGUCUUAAAAGACCAAUUAAGUAGUUAUCAGUCAGAAGGGCUAGAUGAAAAUGAACUACCAGUUAAAUUCAACUCUAUCAUGCUUUCUCUUAAUGACUACUCAGAUGAUAAAAUAGAUUUUGACUAGUACCUUGGAUCUAUACAUUCAGUGAGAAAUUUGAAUACUGAACCAGAAUUAAGUUGUCCAUGUAGAAAUAGACCUUAAAUUUUGAUAGUUGACGACAAUGUUUUCAAUAUUAUAACGCUAUAAACGAUUCUGGAAAUGAACUUCAAAUAAAAAGUAGAAAAAGCAACGAAUGGCAAAGAAGGAGUAGAUAAGGUUAUGGAGAGAAUAGAAUUAGAUAGGCAAGAACCCUGCCAUUGCGAUAAAAACAAUCAUAAUUUUAAGAUAAUAUUUAUGGAUUGCAACAUGCCAAUAAUGGAUGGAUUUUAAGCAACUCAAGAAAUAAGACAGUUUGAGAAAUAAAAUAAUAUUGUUCAAACAAGUUAUAUCGUUGCGUUAACUGCAUAUUCAACAGAUAUGUUUUCUCAGAAAUGUAAAGAAUCAGGGAUGGACAACUUUAUGACUAAGCCGAUCAGUGUAGACACUAUCUAAAAAAUACUCUCGAGAACUGUAUUCAAGUGA